AUGGAAAUUUCGAAUGACGAGCCGGCGACGACUAACUCUCCCGCUGCUGCUGUCAACCCAACAUCCGUUCAAGAUACGCCCGUCGCAAUUCCGGAGCCUUUCAAGGGCUGGGCGUUGAAGGCUGUCAGGGAUUUUCGAAAGGACUUCAAGGCGCUCCUCAAGGCGAGGUCGAAGUUGAAGAAGAUGAAGGCGCUCAACGAGCAGGGUGUGAUUUUGCACAGUAUUCGCACGAAAGCGGUUGAGUUUCAGACCAAGUACCCUCUGACGCGGGAAAAGUCUGCUGCAUCGGUCGCGUCGGUUCAUCACGAGAAUCAGAUGCGCAUUCAACAAGACUUCAUCAAGUCUAAGGAGUUGGAGGUUGAAGAGAUCCUGGCGGCGUCCUCUUCACACCUUACCGCUUUGGCGACUAAGACCGAAGACUACAUCAAAGGCCUUACCACCGAUCCUGAGCUCACCGUGUCUGAUGCGGCGAAGGAGCGAUUCCGGAAGAUUAAGGGUCUGUGUAUCAAGAAGGCCAAGUCGGAGGUGUCUAACGCCAGGGAUGAGAUCGUCAUCCAAGAGCUGGAGAGGCAGAGGGUAAAGGAAGCCGAGGAUUUGAAGAAGGCUGCUGCUGCCGAAGAGAUGGAACAGAUGGAGACGGAUCCGGCAAUCGACGAGCUGAUUCAGAAAGCUGUUAAGAAGUCCGCGGAGACGAUGCGCAGGGAGAUAACAGCGAGCGUCGAAGCGAAACUUCCUGCGAAGUUCAAGAAGAACUUGUCGAUGGGACCACAGGAUCCCAAGCCGGCCCCCGCGUCUUCGAAGCCCAAGGCGGACCCGUCCAAGGACCAGAAAUCUUCUGGCGCCAAGGCAGAUGUACCGAAGGCUACGAGGAAGCGCGGGAAAGCCAAGAAGAAAGUGAAAUCUCAAGGCGACGGCGGAGGGAAGGGUCAAGAAGCAUCCUCGACCAAGGCCCAAGUCUUCAAGUCGGCGCAAGCCGAUCUAUCUUUCCUGUUGAAGACGGUUCGUCCUCGCCGUGGGCACAAUCUUUCGAGGAGUGCUCGGGAGGCGAUCCGUUCCCUGUCGCUGAACCGCAACAUCGUCAUCAAACCCGCUGAUAAGAACGUCGGCAUCACGGUGAUGGAUCGAAGCCACUACGUCGCGCUCUGCAUGGAACAUCUCAGUGACGCAGCUGUCUACCUUCCGAUUCGUCACGAUCCGACUCCGGACGUUCUACGGUAG